CAUAUGGUAUUUUUCUUUCUCUUUCUGGCUUAUUUCACUUAGAAUGAUGAUCUCCAGAGCCAUCCAGGUUGCUACAAAUGGCAUUAUUUUACCUUUUUUAUGGUUGAGUAGUAUUCCAUUGUAUAAAUAUACCACAAUUUCUUUAUCCAGUCAUCCAUUGAUGGACAUUUAAGUUGUUUUCAUGUCUUGGCUAUUGUAAAUAGUGCUGCUAUAAACAUUGGGGUGCAGGUGUCUUUUUGAAUUAAGGUUCCCUCUGGAUAUAUGCCCAGGAGUGGGAUUGCUGGAUCAUAUGGUAAGUCUGUUUUUAGUCUUUUGAGGAAUCUCCACACUGUUUUCCACAGUGGCUGCACCAAACUGCAUUCCCACCAGCAGUAUAGGAGGGUUCCCUUUUCUCCACAGCUUCUCCAGCAUUUAUCAUUUGUGGACUUUUGAAUGAUGGCCAUUCUGACUGAUGUGAGGUGAUACCUCAUGGUAGUUUUGAUUUGCAUUUCUCUGAUAGUUAGUGAUAUUGAGCCUGUGUAUCUUGGCUCCUUCUUUACCUCUUUGGAGCAGUUUCUCAGAACUAUCUGGGAGAUGGUUCUCAGUAAAGCCACCAAAUAAAACAUAAUUCUUAACUUUAAGUUGUGCAUUGUUUUCCAGUUGACAUAGUGAAACAUAUGAUAUAGAACUGCUUCUUAGAAAGUAAGUCCAGAGUGCACUUUCUUUUGAGUUUCCUUGUCCCUAUGUCAGGUUUUUACUUGCAACUGGCCUCAUUUCAAAAGCUCAAGAUGUGUCUUACUACUAGAACACGUGUACAAAGUCUGCCUGCAACUGUUUACCUCUGCUAGUCCCAUCAGCACUUGGAAUACAGCUCUUCUCUGGAGCUCUCUGCAGAGGGUGGCUCUUUGCUGGGACUAGACGGGGACCAGACUGAGCCAGAGGAAAAGAGUACAGAGCAGAGCCAUGAAUAUUGUCUUGGAUUUCCUUGUGCUUCUGAUCAUCAUCAUCUACUCCUACUUGGAAUCCUUGGUAAAGGUUUUCAUUCCCCGGAAGAGAAAAUCUGUGGCUGGGGAGAUUGUUCUCAUUACAGGAGCCGGGCAUGGAAUAGGCAGGCACACUGCCUAUGAAUUUGCAAAACGGAAAAGCAGACUGGUUCUGUGGGAUAUUAAUAAGCACGGUGUUGAAGAAACUGCAGCUGAAUGCAGAAAAUUAGGGGCCACCACCCAUGUGUUUGUGGUAGACUGCAGUAACAGAGAAGAGAUUUAUAACUCUGUAAACCAGGUAAAGAAAGAAGUGGGUGAUGUAACCAUCGUGGUGAAUAACGCUGGGACAAUAUACCCAGCUGACCUUCUUAGUACAAAGGAUGAAGAGAUCACCAAGACUUUUGAGGUCAACAUCCUAGGACAUUUUUGGAUCACAAAAGCACUUCUUCCAUCCAUGUUGAUGAGAAACUAUGGCCACAUUGUCACUGUGGCUUCAAUAUGUGGCCAUGGAGUGAUUCCUUAUAUUAUUCCAUAUUGCUCCAGCAAAUUUGCUGCUGUUGGCUUCCACAGAGCUCUGACAUCAGAACUUCAAGCCUUGGGAAAAACUGGUAUCAAAACCUCUUGUCUCUGCCCAGUUUUUGUGAAUACCGGGUUCACUAAAAACCCAAGCACAAGACUCUGGCCUGUAUUGGAGACAGAUGAAGUUGCAAGAAGCUUGAUAGAUGGAAUACUUACCAAUAAGAAAAUGAUUUUUGUUCCAUCAUACCUCAAUAUCUCUCUAACACUGGAGAGAUUUCUUCCUGAACGUGCCUUGGCAGCUAUAAAUCGUGUACAGGAUAUUCAGUUUGAAGCAGUGGUUGGCCACAAAACCAAAAUGAAAUGAAUAAAUGAGCUCCAGCUUGAGAUGUAUGCACCUUAAUGAUGUGGAACUAAGUUUAGAGUCAAUGCUUCAAAGCUUUAUUUCACAUUUUUCAAUGCUGUUAAUAUUAAAAACAGUAGUUUGGCGGUUGCAGCAAUUGAAUGAACAAGAAUAAUUACCUGUCACUCUAUUUCUCAAGAAUAUUGAUGUGGUUUUAAUAGUCAGAUCCAUUUUUCAUUCCAUACCUCUUAAAUAUGUCCAUGCUUACAUAAACAUACUUAGAAGGUCAUUUUUCUGUAAGAUAUUGCAUUUCUUUUCUUUUCAUUUAAAGGUAGACAAAGCUACCUCCCUGAGAAUAAAUUUAAAAAGAACUUUAUUUAUAUAAGGAGGGCUUAAGAUUAUUCUCAAAGUAGCCUUCCAAUCUGUAAGCUGGCCACAGAAUGUUGGCAGGUACCCAGCGUGAGCUGCAGGUUGGAGAUCAAGUUUAAGUAGGCAACUGCGCUCCAAAAGACAGAUAACUUUUAUGCAAUUCAACAUUUGGAAGCUUUCUCCCUUUUCAUCAGCCCCAAACAGUGCGAUGGUAUUCUGGCCUGUCUCUCCUGAUUCUGUCCCUUAUAUAUCUCUUAUAUGCACCAAGAGUGGGCCCUCCAUGCUUGCCACCCUUUUCGUAAUCUCUUAAAAUACUAUGACUUUACAAAAAGUGACUCUCUCUUGAAUCUCAGAGUAUCUGAAAUUAUAACCCCAUGAUAAUUUCUUUCUUUAUAGUUUAUGCUUUCACAUAUCAUUGCUACCAGAGAUGUUUAGACAGUUUUGAGCUCCAAAAAUGAAAGCUAGCACAGGGAGAGGACCUAGGCUGACUGCCUAACAGUGCACAAUGGAUCCGAGAGAGGGAGGGGAAAACAGAGUGGUCUUUUAAUAGAAAGAAAAAUCUGAUACCCACUACAUCAAGACUAAUCUUGUUUUCUGUGUUUUUCACAUUUAUUAUAGAUUGCUUUUACACUGACUAUCCUCCUGUUUUAUCCUCAUUAAAAACAAAUGAUUAAUAAAAACAAAAUUUUUAA